AUGGACUAUAUGAGUAGUAUGUGUCCAGCAGGUGGAGUUAUGGGUGCACGUGUGCCUAUGAACCGAGCAAAGGGUGCAUUCAGAUCAUUUCGUGGUAAAUCGACGCUUGCUUAUGAUCCGACCAUUGAAGAUGAAGACGAUGAUGAUGCUGAGACGACAAUCAAUGUUCUCGCCUCUAAAACCGAAGCCAGCAUGUCUAGUACCAGCUUUGUUAUUCCUCGUCGAUCAACCAUCGAUUCUGAUGGAAAACCACACAAAGUUACGAUUGGUGUUCUAGAACUUACUUCAACAUUCACAUACACUGUUGUACCGAAAAUGUCACUUCGUGCGUAUCUCAAAGCGUCAACCGUGAAUACAUCCGAUAAACAACUUCUUGCUGGACCAGCAUCUGUGUUUAUGGACAAUAAUUUUAUCACGCAUAGUUCGAUCGAUAAUGUUUGUGUUGGUGAUACAUUCGACCUUCCAUUGGGUACAGAUAUCAGUGUCAAGAAAGUAGCUGCUGAAUGA